CCCACGCGAACGCGUCAACUGCGGUCGCCGCCGUUUCCUCGGGCGCGCCAAAGUUUCUAUUUUGAAUUUUGGCUUGAAGAACAACACGGACGGCGGGAAGGCCACGUAGAUGCCUUCCUCGACGACGACGCAUGGAUAACAGGCCCCUCGUGAACCGAACGUCGACGAAUGUCGAAGACUGGUCGGACGAGUUUUCACUGGCGAUUGUACAGCCGCAACGUUCGCCGACAUUCCUGCCGUUGUCCCAUCUCGACGUGGAUCUGACCGUCGCAGACGAAAAGAACGAAGACUCGAGAGACACUGAAGACGAUGAGGAAGACGAGGACUGGGACAUGGAACUCAAUGGGGCAGAAGCAGACGACUCCCAGAGCGUACGAGAGGAAAGCAACUCGUUCUUUCGAGCACUUCUAGCAACGAGCGAAGUCACAAACACCAUACGUGGUGUCGGAGGAAGCACCGCAGCAGUUCGAAUGUACACAUUGCCUGACACCCACAGACUUGUCGAGAAUGCAAAUCAAUGCUUCUGUGCCAAGAAUCGUCGUCCGAGCUACACCAAAGUGUAUCCACCAGCCACGGCCCUCUUGACCUUGGAAAGGGACGGUUUUCCGGUGUAUGCCGACAAGCAGCUCGAAGAGUGGCUGCAAAACAUCGUACAAGCGAGAGAGCAAGCUGCAAUGGGGCUUGAAAAACAGUGGACACAUGUGGUGCACGACGACUUGCUGUCCAGCUUGUCCCCAGAUACGUUUCUUCGGUUCAGCCAAAAGUUAUCCUAUUAUGUGCGACGAAAUCAUGUCCUGGAGGCGCUGCAUUUGCUUCGAGCAUUUUGUAAUCGACUGGAUGGUCUGGUGGAGAGUCCGCGGAGGAAUGUCGGCGCUGAUGGAAACAAACCGGAUGACGACUGGCGAAACCUAUGGGGUGGUUGGAGUGUUGAGAUCGCGCAAAUGGCGGUUGAAGUGUGCCAUCCGCCACAGAGUUUUCCCUUGUUUGCCAAGUUGGUGAAGAAGUGCCACUACCUGUUUCCAUUGUGGCGACACGCUCUUUCCCUCGUCGAGUGCCGCUACGUCGGUCACCACUGGGCGUAUUACCAAGCACAUCAUUACGUGUGGCAAUGUCCCCAAGAGACCGCUCACGACGCUUCAAUGUUGCCUGUCGAAUUGUUUGCACUUCCAUUUGAAACUGGACAAGACUUGUUGCAGCGCUACUUCAAGUUGUACACGCUGUUGGUUGACGACGACAAGAGCACUUCUAACAGUACUGUUACGGCAAUCGAUUUGGGACUCGUCAGUUCAAGCAACCACCCGUUGAAACUGCAGGUUCUGGUAUUGUGCGACGUUCAAAAUUUGGUGGAUCGACUGAGUCCCGUCAAUGACGAAGUUAUUCCGCACAUAUUUCAAGAAGAACUUGCGUCGUCACGUCACAGCCACGAAAGCGAACCGCAAGAUACUGUAGGUGAACUAUUUCACCCAGACAACACCUUGUUGCGAAUGGAGUAUUUGGAAGGAAGCUACGUGAAGCUUGCCAUGCCGCAUGAUGUGCUGAUCAAGGCCAAGUGUGCGCAAGUGCUGAGUCGUAUGAUGUUGGUCCACGCCGACAUGUGGAAUUUGUGUGAGUCGUUGGCAAUGGAAGGGUUGCGACUCCUCGACAUUGGGUAUUCACUGUCGUUUCCAAACGGCGAGAGCCAACGGCAAGGUUUAUUUGGGCAUUUGGGACGUGAACAAUUGGAAAUUUUGGGAGCGGUGCUUGCCCACAACAAAAAGUAUCGGUUUGCCAUAGCUGCCUACGAAGCUGCCCAACAAUUAUACUGCUUUCAAUAUUUGAAUCGCCGAGGAUAUGAAAAGCUCGAUCGGAUAUGCUCAGGGUUGUGUCUUCACGAAGGUGACUUGGAGCGUGCCUUGCAAUACCACGACCGCGUCUUGCAAUGGACAAAAGAGCACGAAAACUGCAACGAGUUUGUCUACAUUACGAAAAUGAUCAAUUCGAUCCUGUUACAACAAAGCCACUUUCGACUGGCGGAGCAGAGGCUGCAAGACGCAUUGACGGCAUUGCGUGACCCACUUGCUUUAUUGCCAGUAGCUUAUACCAAGUGCACCCCACGUCGAUUGUUCCACUACAAGUUCCACUCGAGCAGCUACGACGUGUGGUUUCUUCAUGACAUCCAACUCCAUCUGUGCUUGCGCGACGUUUACAAAGCCAGUGGACGUGGUCAAGAUGCGCUGCAUGUGUUGCAGCAUCUUCUGUCUUACGAACCGAACUUCAAGCUUCCCCGUGGCCGGCGCGUCCACCUCACGAUGAUGGUGGCGGAAGAUGCGUUAAAGUUGAGACAGCUGGAAUUGUGCAUAUCUAUGCUGCGGACGAUCGAGCAUGAAAUCGGAAUGGACUACAACUCUUCCACUGUGCUUGAGUCCAAACACGCGUGGGAAGUCAUGGCGACAUUCCGUUACCUCAAGUGUCGUGCGAGAUGCUACUUUUACAAGGGCCAAUUCCAUCGCUGCGCAAUGUGGCUCGCCGUGGCCGCGUCAAAGGGACUGACUGUUCGUCAACGCGCAGAUGUUGAUGCGUUGAGCAGUCGAUGCAUGCUCCAACUCCAUCAUAAACAGAUCCAGGAUGGGGACAUUUUUCCUUUGCAACGAACCACGAGUGGCAGAUGGGGGCUCGCCGCCCAAGAGCCGUCGCUUGGACUACUUCUUACCUCCAAGAAAGAGCAAGAAUCGUUUCAAAUCUCGAUGGAAGACCAUUGGAACAUUCGGUCGUAUGCAGACGCGUGUGCACAGUUGUGCUGGAAGGCGUUCGACGUGUACGGUACUUUGAACGACCCCGUACGGCAAGCCAAGAUGGUGCUAACCCUGGUUCGUUUGGAAAUGGCGAUUGUGGAAAGAUGGGCAUUUUUUUCCUCCACUUGCGAGCUGAGCUUGCCGAGCUUAAAUCAAGCGACAUCUCUGGCAAAACAAGCACUGGAUUUAGCUGCCGAGUCUGCCGUGCCCAUGAAGAUGCUGCAGGCACUCGUGUACACUGCGCAACUUCAAUGCUGGUGGACGAAGUUCAACCCGGAACACGACAGUCGCGAGCUAUUGGUCACAACGGAGGAGUCUUUACGACUUCUUUACGCGGUAUUUUUGAGACGAGUUCAUGGCUCCCACAAUUCGAUACACGUUGUUCCAUUGCUCCCGUUUCCGCCGAGUGUGUUGGUGCCUCUGGAAUCCAUUGUGUGCACCCUGCUCCACAUUGGCGCCGGUAUCGCCCAACUGGACGGAGUUGAAUUACCACCUACGUACUCGUGGAUCGAGUUGGAAAGCGCGUAUUACUGUCUCAACCAAUGCACAUAUUGGUACUCUGCUCAGCCCGAAACAUCCAAAGUACUGGACGACGAUACGCAUCACGUCCCUGCCCGUCCAGUCAAAGUGGGACGUCAACCCCGGCACCAAAAGCAGCUUUCACUGUCGUCCAUCUCCGACAUUGUAUCAUUUUCGUUUUUUCGUCGAACGGACUCGUUUGCGUGUACCUCGCAAGAUGUGCUGCUACACCCUUCUCCCUUCGCAUAUGUUGAACCAAUUAAACCGACGCGAUUGAUCACCUCUUCGUCGUCUGGAACUGCCCGAAGUCGAUCUCAGUCGGCUCCUGCAACUCACGAAAAUGACGAGUCCACAAUAAACCCACCAGACGAUUGGGACGAUGGCGAGCUUGAAGUUGAGGCCGAUGGCGACGACUUUUGGCGAGCAUGCAACCAGGAAUACCGCAAACAGCAAAUGGUACAAUGGUCCUCCCACAUGCACGCCACCGAUUCCGACUCGUUGUGGGGUAUAUGGCACUGCCAUCGGGUCAUGGACCGCAAGUUCAAGAGCGGUCGCGUGUCUCCAUCGAUGUUUCGACUGGCAAGCUUGCAAUUGAUCUUUGAUAUCCAAGACCAGUCGGACGCAACGACGCUGCAUGUUGCACUUCCCACCACGCUUGGUACAACUGAAUCGAGCGGUGUUGUCAUUCACGAUCGAGACAGUAUAUCUGUCAUUUUGCACGGAGCAGCUACCCACGCACCAUCCCCAGUCGAUGUAUAUACAUUUCCUGCUCCAAAUGCGAGCUCAUUUCAUCACGGCAUGGCUACGGUGCCACUCAAGGACCAAGCUGUGACCCCCGCCCAGGUCGAGCGCGUGCUGCAGUACCUGGGACCAAAGGUGCUCAUGAAAGCGCUGUCGUCGAUCAUGCUGGAAAACCCGUUGAUUGUUGUUCACUCGUCCAUGUCCGUCGUCCAAGAAGUGCUGUUCGUGCUCGUGCAUUUAUUGAGUCCGUUUCGUUGGGCGUUUCCAAUCCUUCCAGCUCUUCCCAUGUCGUGUACACCGAAGUUUGUCGACUUGAUUGAAGUAUACACCAACGGGAAAACCAAAAAAGUGCUCAACAACACCCCCGUGCCGUUUCUUGCUGGAAUUUCCAUGGACAUGUGGCGGGAGUGCACGUAUCGGCUAUCAACGGUACCGUCCUGCUCCACGUGCAUCAGUGUGUUGCAAGUAAACGUGACCAGCAAAUGCAAGUUCCAGCUCGCCACAAAUCGGUCGACUGCCGUGUACAUGCAGCCGCGGCUUCGUCGGUAUGUGGUCGACGCUGUUAGCACUGCUGGGAACGCAACGGCAGCGACUCUGGAGACAGCACUGCAAGAAGUGUACCGAGUGAUGCUGCUGUCUCUUCAAAAAGCCCCCACGUUCAAGCAAUGGUUCCGUCUCGAGAGCCAAGAAUUCACAAAGCUGUUUCAAGCCACAGCAACGUGCCAAACGUAUUUGAAAGGCGACGACGGCGCGACUACCCCCGCCGUCGUGUGAUUCACACGAUAUUUAACAUACUACUACAUUGGGAAACGAAAGUGGAUCCCAACCAGAACAUCGCAUCUAUUGACUAUUAUUAAAUCAAACCACCUUACAUGGUCAAUUCCAUGAUGGCGUUCACAACGUCGUUGUCGUUCGACUUCAACGCCGCGACGGCCUUGGCGCGCGACACGUUCGACUGGGUCAUGACCAAUUGGAUAUCCUUGGGGUCUACGCCAGACUCGUCGACUUCGGUUUCAUCGUCGUCAGCAGCGACAGCCUUGGUUUCGGCGGCGGGUGCUUCUUCUUGGUCGAAUUGAGGCACUUGGGGUUGGUUGUUGGUGUCUUCGAUCUUGGCUUCACCGAAAAUGACGUAGGUUUCGCUGGCCGAGCUCUUGAACACAUCGGGCUUGCUGAUCACGAACAGCACACCUUGGCUCUUCUUGAUCGUGGCACGGAUGAUGCCGUUCACUUGCUUCAAACCCAACUUUUGCAUGGCCUUGCGGGCCUUGGAUUCGGCGCGGUUCAACACGACGUCGUGGUGAUCGUGGUCGUGGUCGUGGUCGUGGUCGUGGCUCAUGGUGAUGCUGGAAGAGGAUUCACGGAAUGGGGACGUCGGUGGUCGUGCCGCCCGGCCACCCACCAUCAGCCAAUCAAACGACCUCAGUCUGUUAAUCAGCCAAUCAAGACUCAGUAUGC